GAUGCCGGGGGGCCCGGCGCGGCGGGGCGCGCCCGCGGGGCCAUGAGGGCGGGCUCCGGCCAUGGCCCAUGGCAGCGCGGCGUUCAUGCUGAAGUGCGUGGUGGUGGGGGACGGCGCCGUGGGCAAGACGUGCCUGCUGAUGAGCUACGCCAACGACGCCUUCCCCGAGGAGUACGUGCCCACCGUCUUCGACCACUACGCAGUCAGCGUUACCGUCGGGGGCAAGCAGUACCUCCUGGGGUUGUACGACACCGCCGGCCAGGAAGACUAUGAUCGUCUGAGACCUUUAUCUUAUCCUAUGACCGAUGUCUUCCUUAUCUGCUUCUCAGUGGUAAACCCUGCUUCAUUUCAAAAUGUGAAGGAAGAGUGGGUACCGGAGUUGAAGGAAUAUGCACCUAAUGUUCCCUUUUUACUAGUAGGAACACAGAUUGAUCUUCGUGAUGACCCAAAAACUCUGGCAAGACUGAAUGAUAUGAAAGAGAAGCCAGUAUCUGUGGAGCAAGGACAGAAAUUAGCAAAAGAGAUAGGAGCCUACUGCUAUGUGGAGUGUUCAGCUUUAACACAGAAAGGACUGAAGACCGUUUUUGAUGAAGCUAUUUUAGCCAUUCUAACUCCAAAGAAACACACAGUAAAGAAGAGAAUAGGCUCAAGAUGCAUAAACUGUUGUUUGAUCACGUGAGAGACAUUUGACAACGGCCAAGCUUACUGUGAAAUUCUACUGAAUUUAAAUACAAUGCAUCAAGUACGCAGUGGACUUGUUACAGGUUUGAAAGCUAAAACUACAAUUCUGCCUUCUAUAACCAGUGAACUCCAGAGGAAUAACAUCAAAUUCAAUUUGUAAUAAGUCACCACAUCUGUUAACAAAUAUUUUAUUCAGACUGGAAGGUACAAUCUCAGGGUUACACAGUCUAGAGGAAGCAAAAACCGCACCAUGCUGAAACAGCAUCUAUGUGAUUUUACUGAGUGGAGAUGCUUGGCCUGGAAUACUGUAAAUUGAUUGGAGUAUCUUCUGCUUUGACUAUAUAUAUAUAUAUAUAUACACACACAUAUAUAUUAAACCCCCCAAACUUUUGCACAGUCUCUAUAGAAUCUGCACAAAGAAAUACCUUGUUUCUCUUUGCUCCAGUUAUCUGCUUUUGUAUGUAAGCUGCUUCCGGUUCCAGUGUAUCCACAGAGGUGCAAUAAUCAGACCAGCCAUAUAGCCAAAGGUAGCUCCAAGGGAACAGGAAAUGGGCCAUACCUGAGGGGAGAGCAGACAAUGAGGAAAAUGGUGGUGGUUUUUACACUUCAUGAGCACAAGUUGUCAGUGUGCCCUAGGUACCAAAAGACAGUACACUGCAAGUCUAAUCUAAAUCCUGACGCGCUCAACCCAAAACGCCCAAAGUGUAACAAUCACCUUCAUGAACACUAAAUGCUGCUGUACUGGUUUUAAUAUGCAUUAAAAUGUAACCAGACUUCUGGCUACUGCAGACUUUGGUUCAAUAUUCCUAAAACUAUCUGCAAAACCUCCUAAGUAUUUCCAUCCCCUGAGGUGUUCAGCUAACCUGACUUCCCGUUCUGCUGCACACAUGUGGAAGUGUACGGAUCUCUUGGUGAUAGAUCCUUCCCAGCGCUUAAGGUACUCUUAAACUUUCAGAAGUGUGUGUAACUGAACUAAAUUCAGCAAAGGGCAGAGACUGAGAUGGACAGAGGGGGUUUCUCCCUUUUUUAUUUUGUUUUGAAAAGCAGGCAGAGAAAUGAAUUUCCCUCUGGUUGGCACUAGGGAGAGAAGAUAAAUUUGGAAGCUGACUGAACAUCUUGCACCCAGUUCAGUAAACACAUAGUAAGCCAUCUAAGUUAAAGAUAGCUUUAAUUAUAAGCUCUAUUUCCUAGUAUAAGGAACAGGGAACUGACUCAAUACAGCUGACCCACUUUCACAAACCAUCUAGUACCGAGGCACAGAAGUAAUGGGACUCUCCCUCCACCCCUUUUUAUUUUUAAAUUGGUGUUGAUUUGCAGGGAGGAGUGGCCAAAACCAAACUUCCCUAGACUGUCUUCAGAUGUAGCUUUUAUUAUCAGUCAGCUACACACUGUGCUUGAUGAAAGUCUCAACUAAGUUGAUGAUUAAAAUAUUUACUGUAGAAUACACUAAAUUCCCAUUCCACUUCAACCUUCUCCUUUGCAUAUUUUCUUGGCAAGGACAGUUUUGCCCUUCCUGCCAUGUAGUGCAUUUCCACCUUCUAUAGUACUUGAGACUGAGAAAUGCACUAGAAGCUAGAGAAAACACUCACUUCUUUUCUACUUCAUUUUGACUUGCAACUCAAUCAUAGCACAUUAAGGUAAUGGUACUGGUUCCUCUUUUCAUUAAUCUUCCUAUCUCUUGAUUCUUCUCUGCAUUAUUACUUGGAAAAAUACAUUUAUUCACAUCCUUUGACCAUGGGAAUUUUAGGUAGGAAUAACAGUAAUGUAUUUUAUCUUUUGCUAUUUCAUCUUCACAUUCCUCAGCAUUUGCAGUUUCAUAUAUGAUUUGGAGGUCUUAAGGAGUGUAGCAAAGAUGACUAUAAACAAGGUGCCUUAGGUACUCUUUAUUGACCUUGUUUCAUUCUUCCAUUUCCAGAAAUUCUGUCUCUGCUGCUUGUUUUAGUUGCUGAAUAUUUUUGCUGUUGCCUCUCAAACCAAAGACUUGCUUGUUUUCAUUCACUGAACAGUGGUGGUGUUGAUCUUACAUAAAGAGCCUUGAGAUCCUUUGGCAUGGUAAGAUAUUAUAUAUAUUUAAAACUCAUGUGAGUUUGUGGCCUUGGCUAAACUUACACUUCAGGUGGAUCUUUUCAACUUUUAAAUGAAAUGUAAUUAAGUUACUUCUAAUGUUUUGCAUAUUAUGUGUCACAAAGCAAAAUCCCUGCAGCCUCUGCCACUCACUCAGCAAUGGUGGGUUGGAACAGGAGUCAUACUUUCUUACCCACUGAUAAAGUGAAAUACCACUCCAGUAUGUACAGAACUAUGGACAGAGGCUCCAUAACUCAGUGGCCUUUUACAUCAAAUUCUCUUGCGUGAUCAAUGAUCCUUCAUUACAUUUUACCUACAUUAGGUGAACCUGUAGUUGCCUGAUUGCUUUCCAGAAGCAUAGGUAGAUGUUGGACUUGGAAUUGUUCCUCUUUCCUUUACAGACAAUAUCCCCGAUGCCACUCUGACUGUAUCUUUUACUAUUCUGUGUAUAGUGAGUACUUGUUGGUAUGAUUAAAAGGAUCUCUGAUGAUUGUUGUAGCUUCUUUUCCCUGACUGAACUGCCACAUUAUCUUUUCAAGUCACGUUAACUUUUAACAGUAAUGAUGCCUCUGUUUGUCUUCUAAAACACUGAAUUUUUGCUUUGCUUUUUAAAAAUUAGUGUCACUUUGCAGAAGUUUCAGGCAGUCUCGCUUACUGACACAAGUCUCUGACCUCUGAAAUCCAACCCUCACCAAUAGCAGCUGGCAGAGUAGGUGGCAAAGGCAAGAAACCACAUAAUAUUGCCUCACUGUCUAUGAGUGAGACCGAAAAGACAGUUCCCCUCAUCCCUUCUAGUGUCACAGAACAGAAGGGUACUAGGCCAGGCACUCAUGCUGGUCAGCCAGUCUAAGCAGUUCUGAAGGCAGUUUGAUUGUCCAUCUGAAAACUCCCUAAGCACAGGAGUUAAACACUUGGAUUUAGAAGCAUUGCUAAUCUUAUGCUAUCUUCUGUAAUCUUCAAGGCAGGGCAAGAACCUCCUAAUGAACAGGUAACGAUACUAGUUCUGCACCUUUUAUUCUUGACCACUGGCCUUUUGGCUACAUAUAGCUAGAUGCACCUAUGGGUCUAUUUAAAGUGACAAGCUACUGAAGGCAGAUUGCAGUGUGUCUCUUAAGCAUGUCAGCUAAACUAACAGACCCUGCAUAUGUUUUUUUUCUGUCUAUGAAAGUGGGUAGCUUUAUUUCGCAUUAGCAGCUGACCUAAUUUCUCUGAGACCCCAUCACAUUCUACUGGACCUUAUGAAGUGAAUUUGGCUUGCUGGAUCAGUCUGCUUUUGCCCUGUCUUUCAUAUUAUCUCUCAAACUUGAUUCACCUUCCCUGACUUAGUAUGAAGUGCCUCUAUGUGAUAAAAAUCCAAGCAGCUAAUAUGUGUCUGCCUGUUGCAAGACACUCCAUUCUCUUCAAAAACUUGCAACACACCCCUCUUAUUCCCUGGCAACUAUUCAGAUCAGUUUUUCCUACUCUGUGCCCCCUUCUGUUUUAGGGUAGCUGACAUACUCUACCCCAGUACUGAUAUCACAUCCAGGCUAGGUCAGCAGCAGGGGAUUAAGAUGUUAGGUAAUGUUGCCUAACUGCACUUUUUUUGAGGGGAAGGAAGGUUGAUCUGGAGAGAGCAGUGUGAGGAGCACAGGAUACAGGACAGUUCAGGAAACCAUCGUGCAGUGUCUUGGCUGUUCAGCAGCUAGAAAGCAUCAGCUACCAUCCUCACAGCCUAAUAGAGUCAGUUUACUUACCAAAUGCAUGUGCGAAAGGGGCAAUUUUAACAACCUGUGUAUGAGUCCUAGGAAUCUGAACAGCAGCUUGGCAAAAGCAGAUCUCCAUCUACAUGCUUAACAAGCACAAAAAUGGCAUUUUAAAGGACAAGGCAUGAGCCAGUGGAUAAUACAAAGUAAUCCUGACCUGCAAUUUGUUUAUAUAAAUUUUCUUUUUACCUAUUCAUCUGGCAACAGUAAUAGGACUUAGCAGAGAUUUCUCUAGGAUGGCUAGACACUGCAGAACUGCAAGGUUUCUAGUAUGUAGUAGAACUCAUUUUAAGAAAAAGGACUCAAACUAGGGAUUUUCAGCCUUUCAGGACACAGACAGCUGGUUUCCUCAGCACUCUUGAGAACACUUACAAACUUAGGUGAGAAUGCUUAGCAUAUUGCAUGGAAAAGCAGAGCACAUUGCAGGAUCCCAGCAAGGUAUCUAGCUCUGCUGUACUAUGCAUGUAGCUAGUUAAACCAGAAUUAUGACUGCAUGACAAUUUUGUCAUCUAUUACAAGUUUCUAACUCGCAUCCCAUGCAGUGGCAAUUAUGUAGACAUUGAUAAAGAUAUUAAGGCCAGAUUCUUAACAGGCCAGAGCAGCAACACCCUAAUGUUUUUGAAAAUACUAUAAAGUGAGCAGCUGGCUGAUGGAACUUUAAUUAUACAAAUGCAAACAGAGUGGGUCCAUCUGCUGUACUUAAGUUUCUUAUUUUGUUGUUUGGGUUGGGUUUUUUUCCUUCAUUAGGAAACUGAUCUCAUUCUUUAGGUGAGUGCUUUUUCUCCCAUACCUGAACUAACUUUUUUGGUAUGCUUACUAUUUCAAAAGAUUAAUUUCUGACUGUCAAUGAGAAAGCUAUGUGAUGGUUUUUUUGUUUCAUCUUAAAACUGAAUAAAUGAGCACAAUUACUUUCUCCUUCUAACAUGCCUUAAAUUCCUGAUUGUUUAGUCUGUACUGCAUAAAAAAUUUCAGUACAUGCCUUUUAAUCUGUUUAGGUUGCAUGUACAUGUUAACUGAAAGUGUCUUAACACAUUGUACAGAAUGUGUGUGUUGACAAGCACAUGCAAAGGAAAAGAAAGUGUGAGGUGGUUUUUCAGGCUGGUAUUUGUUACUAGAGGUUGGUUUUGUGGAUCUGAUUUCUGAAGUUACAGCAAGCUUAACUGCUUUUUAUCUCACCAUCAACGUUUACAUUAAGGUAACAUUAAAUAAACAAUGAUAACCGGA